AUGAAAACGGUGUGGAGCGGUGGUGUAUUGUUCCUACUGCUCGCGGUACUGGUCAGCGGUCAGUUGGAGGAAGAGAAACAAGGAUGCCCUUGGGAUGUGGACACCGACCCCGAACAAGGUCUUGACCCAAAAUCCCUUGAAGCUGGAGCCAGACAUUUGGCUCACCUGCCGGAGAUAUCAGACAGCAAGGGGUGUCAGGAUGCUUGCUGCGGCAACCAGGACUGUCAGCUCGCUUUGGUUGGAACCCCAGCGGAUGGAACUCCGGAGUGUUUUCUCGUCAGCUGCAUGAAAGAUGGAAAGGACGUCUGCGUUUUACAGUCCGAUACACAGUUCAAGGUCUACCGCAAAAAGACGCAGCCCAAGACUACAAAAGUCGAAGUUGACGCUCUUAGUGAAGCUGUUGUCCCCAGGGAAGUCAACUCAACAGGUAGGCAUAUUGGCCUUUAAUAUAAUGACAAUUCAGGUGCGUCACUGGCACUUAUAGGGACUGCCGUAGCCAAGGAGUCUAGGCUAUAUCAGCCCUUUGCCAAUAGCCUUUUUUUUGGGGGGGGGGGGGGGGGUGAAAUUAGGGUCAUGAGGCAGAGGACCAUUCCCCAGCUCUGUCCUGGUUUUGCAAUCAUUUUUGACCUAAGGAGUCAUAGUGUAAGUUAAGCACUUUAGAAAUUCAAUAUGACCUGGACUUUAGCCUCUCAGUCAGUUUAAAGUGAGAAAAUGACACCACAGUAUUGUCUCUUUAUUUGCUUCUUCCAAGACACAUUAACCCAGUGGCGACCAGUGCGCAUUGUUCUGGAUUUCAUUCUCAUUAUUUAUAGAUCGAUCAAUGGUGCUGUGUUUGCAUCUCACAUACGCCAUCCACUGCUUUGCAUACAGUCAUACAUGUUGGUCAUACAUUCGUAGCCAGGUCAGGUUUGUUUUACAAAGUGGAAAAAUUAGGAAAUAGUGGUUUAUCUGUGCCUGGGGUAUUGACUCCUAUUGGAGUUCACAGGAAGUUAUUUUGUUUGAGUGUAGAAACUCCACCCCAUUUCUCUGGCACGCACACUUACUUCCUGAUAGGUGAGCUUUCAUGGGGACAGAUGGUGCUUUCAAGACAACUGGGAACAUGGAAAACAACGAGGUCAAAUUAUGACGUCCGUGUUCUCCAGGUUGGAAAGUCGGAGCUCUAGAAAGAGGCCCGAGUUCCUGAGUUGGAUGACCGUUAAAGAUUAUUCCCCGUCGGAGCUCGUUUUUUUCCGAGGACCCAGUUGUCUUGAAUGCACUGAAGUCGGAAGUUGGAGAUUUCCAUGUUCCCACUUCCCAGUUGUUUUGAACGCGGCAAGAGACGGGGCCAACCAGGUUUACAUGUGCACUAUACGAUUGAUUUGUGUAAUAGGAUGGAAAGUUCUUCUGAGGUGUAAUAAAGUCGUGCUGAAUGCAAAUAAUGUCCCAGAAUAUACAUGUCUAUAAUAAUGUGUGAUAGGACAUGCAAACAUGCCUAUAAUACACAUUUUCUCUCAUUUGAAAUGCUAUGAACCACAUUGUGGGUGCUGACAAGCGUGUUUUGACUGUCCUAUGUGUCCACCCUGCUCCAUAGGUGUGGAGAGACUCGGGUCUCAGCUCUUUUGUCAUGUUUUGUUUGUCCAUUCCAGCUCUCACGGUUUCACUCAGUAUGUAAAUCAUAGGGAAAUAAAGGCUUGAGAGAGCUACAGUAGGCUUACUAACUCUCCUCCUAGAAAGGUGAUUUUCUUUGGCAACUAAGCCCUCAUCGUACAUUUAUUUAUACUUCUAUUAUUUUGUAUUGGUGUUAAUCAUAUUUUCAUCUUGACUGAUGAAGUUCCUGAUUUACUACUCUUUGACUAUAAAAAUGCCCCCCUUUUAAGCAUGUAAUUUAGGCGACAACGGAAAGGUUUCCUUGUGAAUUGAGUUUAUCAUCAUGACCCGCUUCAGUGUUAAACUCUCGUCGGCUCUUUCCUCCUACAGAUAAGUGCCGCAUGCCCAUGGUAGUGGGUUCCUCCCAAACAACUCUGUUUUUAAAAUAUUUUUUUUAUUGGUCCCAUGUUUCAUGAGCUGAAAUGAAAGAUCCCAGAAAGUUUCCAUACACACAAAAAGCUUAUUUCUCUCAUUUUGUACACAAAUUUGUUUACGUCCCUGUUAGUGAGCAUUUCUGCUUUGCCAAGAUAAUCCAUCCACCUGACAGAUGUGGCAUAUCAAGAAGCUGAUUAAACAGCAUGAUCAUUAAACAGGUGCACCUUGUGCUGUGAACAAUAAAAAGCCACUCUAAAAUGUGCAGUUUUGUCACACAACACAAUGCCACAGAUGUCUCAAGUUUUGAGGGAGAAUGCAAUUGGCAUGCUGACUGCAGGAAUGUCCACCAGUCCUGUUGCCAAAGAAUUGAAUGUUCAUUUCUCUACCAUAAGCCGCCUCCAACGUCGUUUUAGAGAUUUUGGAUGUGGAGGACUGCUAACCAUGCCAGCCCUCCACAUCUGGCUUCUUCACCUGCAGGAUCGUUUAGACCAGCCACCCGGACAGCUGAUAAAACUGUGGGUUUGCACAACAGAAUCAUUUCUGCACAAACUAUCAGAAAACGUCUCAGGGAAGCUUAUCUGUGUGCUCGUGGUCCUCACCAGGGUCUUGACCUUCGAUGGCCACUGGCACGCUGGAGAAGUGUGCUCUUCAUGGAUUAAUCCCUGUUUCAACUGUACCGGGCAGAUGGCAGACAGACAAGCGUGUAUGGCAUCUUGUGGGCGAGCAGUUUGCUGAUGUCAACGUUGUGAACAGAGUGCCCCGUGGUGGUGGGGUUAUGGUAUGGGCAGGCAUAAGCUACGGACAAUGAACACAAUUGCAUUUUAACUAUGGCAAUUUGAAUGCACAGAGAUACAGUGACGAGAUCCUGAGGCCCAUUGUCGUGCCAUUCAUCCGCCGCCAUCACCUCAUGUUUCAGCAUGAUAAUGCACGGCCCCAUGUCGCAAGGAUCUGUACAUAGUUCCUGGAAGCUGAAAAAUUUCCCAGUUCUUCCAUUGCCACUCACCAGACAUGUCACCCAUUGAGCAUGUUUGGGAUGAUCUGGAUCAACGUGUAAGACCGUGUGUUCCAGUUCCCGCCAAUAUCCAGCAACUUCGCACAGCCAUUGAAAAGGAGUGGGACAACAUUCCACAGGCCACAAUCAACAGCCUGAUCAACUUUAUGCGAAGUGUCGCGCUGCAUGAGGCAAAUGGUGGUCACACCAGAUACUGACUAGUUUUCUGAUCCACGCCCGUACCUUUUUUUAAAGGUAUCUGUGACCAACAGAUGCAUAUCUGUCUUCCCAGUGAUGUGAAAUCCAUAGAUAAGGGCCUAAUGGAUUUAUUUGACUAAUUUCCUUAUUUGAACUGUAACUCAGUAAAGUCUUUGAUUGUUGCAUGUUUGGUUAUUUAAAUAUUUUUGUUCAGUAUAUUAUUCUAACUCUCAACAGUAAAUUGAGACCCCGACUGAGUUCCCCCCCCAAAAUAAGUAUUUUUUAAAUUGAUCCACAGGUGUGCCGCCAGUUGCCCAUCCCUGCUGUAGGGUAAUUCCACGUUAACAGAAUUACGCUGAGACUCUAAAAUGUUUGCCAAACAAAAAUCAUUGAUUUCAAAGUGUAACAAACUGUACAACUCUAUGCACAAUGACUACAUUUACUGGAAAAACUGUGCAAAUGCAAAGUUUGGUAACAUAAUUACGAUAAAAUCUCCCUCAGUUUUAUUCUGUUACAAACUUUGUCUCUGCACAGUUCUUCCUGUAAAUGUGCUUUAAAAAACAUUCUGUGGAAAUUAAGUGGUCCUUGUGCAUAGCGUUGUAUGGUUUGUAAAACGUUGAAAUCGAUGGUAUUUGUUUGGUAUACAUUUUAAAGUGGAAGAAUCUGAGUCUCAGUGUAAUUCCGUUACCUUGGAAUUGCCCUGUAGGCCUCUGUGUUCAUCUGUAAACAAUCCCCCAUUGUUAGAAAGAGGGGAAGUUCUAACGUGCAUCACUGGUAGUUUACUGCAUAUACUGUUGUCCUUUAAAAAAAAUAGUCAAAAUAGCAUCUCCUCCUUAAGGUCACAAGCCUUGUCAGUGGUCAUACACAGAGCAUUAAGCCUCUUGAAAUGGUAACCUACUGUUAAACAAAGUGGCCCACUCCAAACCACAGAAACCUCCACCACAAUGCACCCCAUGGAGGGACAGGGAGACAGGCCAAAAUUCAUCUGUGGCUUGUGUUCAGACACACCCUCACUCCACUAGGAUCCUGGCAACAUCCUUAAGUGCUUCACAUCAGUCCAACAUGUUACUAGUCCAACUCCUGUCUCUGUUUCCUACUUUAUGAGUAGGCUACUGAAAAUAUAAUUUAGGGCUGUCCGAAUUUUUUUAUUUUUUAUUAUUAAUAGGCCUAAUAAUAAAUAUUAUUAUUUGUCGUCUGUUCUUUCAACCAAACGAUUGGCCGACAUUUUUAAAGUGUAUUUUUCCAUAUAUAGACACAUCCUAUGUAUUUUAUUCAAAUCAACUAUAUGCACUGAGCUUUUCUGAUGCUUUAAGUGAACUGUUUGAUUAAAUAAUUAAGACACAAAUGACUAGAGGGAAUCCGACUGCAAUUGAUUUGAUUGUGCCGUCUGGCUCAGAGAAAAAAAAGACAGCGAGUGACUGUGUGACUAGCACCCAUUGUCUCUCUCCUCCCUGUUGCAGCGACCACCACAGAACAUCAGUGUAUAGCGCUGUCCAUGUUGCUGAAGCUGCAACAUAAUUACAGCCAUUUCUGUCUGAAAAAUUGUGACCAAAAUCCCUGGGAAAAACAUUCCCUCAACCCUUGCUCUCUUUACAUGACACAUGUAUGCUUCACAUUUACGUGACCAAUAGGGCCUGACCUAUAUCAUAAUCGCAUCAAUAAAUUGGUUAUAAUAAACUCUGAACACCGUAACACGUGACAGCAAAAUGGAUGCAGAGGACGUGACAAAUAAACUUGAAAUGGGGGAAUGUUUACCGGUUGUGCAGAAGGUGAAGGGGAAGUCAGAUGUGUGAAUACAUUUGACUAGUUGUGGCAAAUACUGGAGAUCAAUGUGUGCCAAACAGGUGCUGCUAGAUUACAAAAUAAUUUUUCUGACCGGUUGGAACAAUGUAAACAACACUAAAAUAAAUUAUAAGCGUGCCAGAGAGUCUGUUGUAAAGCCUUCAUUACAGCAAAGACUAAAAACAGUCUCAUUCAUUCGUGAAUGCAAUUUCCGAAAUGGAAUGGUUUAGGCCUAUUUAUUGUUUACACUAAUUAUUAAAUGGCUGCUUUGUUAUUUUAACUAAUGCUUGAUUGCAUUUCACAUCAUGAAUGACUCGUAUGCUGUGUGAUGACAUGAACGAAUAAAUGAUUGAUUGAAACAGUAUAUAAGUAUUGAAAUAUAGGCCUGAGUAAGUUACGGUAUUAAGACUAAAACAGGAUGCGCUCUUAGGCCUACAGCUCGAUGGUGGUUAUACAAGGCUGCUAUACUAAACCUACUAAUGACAUGAUCAUAAUAUUAAUAAUAAUAACAAGGAGAUCAAGGAAAAAUAAGGAUUAUUAUGAUAGGCUAUCAACCAAACACUCAAACAGGGAACAGAAACUGGAUCUGUCUUACACUAUAUACUGUGCAUUUGGAAAGUGUUCAGACCCCUUCACUGUUUCCACAAUUUGUUACAGCCUUAUUCUAAAAUUGAUUUAAUCGUUUUUUCCCCCUCAUCAAUCUACACACAAUAUCCCAUAAUGACAAAGCAAAAACAGGUAGGAAGGUGAACCUUCACCCCAGUCUGAGGUCCUGAGCACUCAGGAGCAGGUUUUCAUCAAGGAUCUUGCUGUACUUUGCGCCAUUCAUCUUUCUCUCGAUCCUGACUAGUCUCCCAGUCCCUGCCUCUGAAGAAUAUCCCCGCAGCAUGAUGCUGCCACCACCAUGCUUCACCGUAGGGAUGGUGUCUGGUUUCCUCCAGACUUGACGCUUGGCAUUCAGGCCAAAGAGUUCAAUCUUGGUUUCAUCAGACCAGAGAAUCUUGUUUCUCAUGGUGUGAGAGUCCUUUAGGUGCCUUUUGGCAAACUCCAAGUAGGCUGUCAUGUGCCUUUUACUGAGGAGUGGCUUUCGUCUGGCCACUCUACAAUAAAGGCCUGAUUGGUGGAGUGCUGCAGAGAUGGUUGUGCUUCUGGAAGGUUCUCCCAUUUCCACAGAAGAACUCUGGAGCUCUGUCAUCGUGACCAUCGGGUUCUUGGUCACCUCCCUGACCAAGGCCCUUCUCCUCCGAUUGCUCAGUUUGGCCGGGCAGCCAGCUCUAGGAAGAGUCUUGGUGGUUCCAAACUUCUUCCAUUUAAGAGUGAUGGAGGCCAGUGUGUUCUUGGGGACCUUUAAUGCUACAGACAUCUUUUGGUACCCUUCCCCAAAUCUGUGCCUCGACACAAUCCUGUCUCGGAGCUCUACGGACAAUACCUUCGACCUCAUGGCUUGGGUUUUGCUCUGAAAUGCACUGUCGACUGUGGGACCUUAUAUAGACAGGUGUGCGCCUUUCCAAAUCAUGUCCAAUCAAUUGAAUUGACCACAGGUGGACUCCAAGUUGUACAAACAUCUCAAGGAUGAUAAAUGGAAACAGGAUGCACCUGAGCUCAAUUUCGAGUCUCAUAGCAAAGGGUCUGAAUACUUAUGUAAAUAAGGUAUUUGUUUGAUAUUUCUAAACGUGUUUUCGCUGUAACAUAAGUGCAGUCGCAAAAACCACCAAGCGCUAUGAUGAAACUGGCUCUCAUGAGGACCGCCACAGGAAAGGAAGACCCAGAGUUACAGAGGAUGAGUUCAUUAGUUACCAGCCUCAGAAAAUGCAGCCCAAAUAAAUGCUUUACAGAGUUCAAGUAACAGACUCAUCUCAACAUCAACUGUUCAGAGGAGACUGCGUGAAUCAGGCCUUCAUGGUUGAAUUGCUGCAACGAAACCACUACUAAAGGACACCAAUAAUAAGAACAGACUUGCUUGGGCCAAGAAACCCAAGCAAUGGACAUUAGACCAGUGGAAAUAUGUCCUUUGGUCUGAUCAGUCCAAAUUUGAGAUUUUUGGUUCCAACCACUGUGUCUUUGUGAGACGCAGAGUAGGUGAACGGAUAAUCUCUGCAUGUGUGGUUCCCACCGUGAAGCAAGGAGGAGGAGGUGUGAUGUUGUGGGGGUGCUUUGCUGGUGACACUGUCAGUGAUUUAUUUCGAAUUCAAGGCACACUUAACCAGCAUGACUACCACAGCAUUCUGCAGCGAUACGCCAUCCCAUCUGGUAUGCGCUUGUUGGACUAUCAUUUGUUUUUCAACAGGACAAUGACCCAAAACACACCUCCAGGCUGUGUAAGGGCUAUUUGACCAAGAAGGAGUGUGAUGGAGUGCUACAUCAGAUGACCUCAACCCAAUUGAGAUGGUUUGGGAUAAGUUGGACCGCAGAGUGAAGGAAAAGCAGCCAACAAGUGCUCAGCAUAUGCAGGAACUCCUUCAAGACUGUUGGAAAAGCAUUCCUCAGGUGAUGCUGGUUGAGAGAAUGCCAAGAGUGUGCAAAGCUGUCAUCAAGGCAAAGGGUGGCUACUUUGAAGAAUCUAAAAUAUAAAAUAUAUUUUGAUUUGUUUAACACUUUCUUGGUUACUACAUGAUUCCGUAUGUGUUAUUUCAUAGUUUUGAUGUCUUCACUAUUAUUCUACAAUGUAGAAAAUAGUAAAAAUAAAGAAAAACCCUUGAAUGAGUAGGUGUGUCCAAACUUUUGACUGGUACUGUAAAUGUAUGUAUGUAUGUAUGUACAGUACCAGUCAAAAGAUUGGACACCUACUCAUUCAAGGAUUUGUCUUUAUUUUUACCGUUUUCUACAUUGUAGAAUAAUAGUGAGCAGAGUUAACAGUGGGUCUUCCUUUCCUGUGGCGGUCCUCAUAAGAGCCGGUUUCAUCAUAGCGCUUGAUGGUUUUUGCGACUGCUUUGGAGACAUUUUCAAAGUUCUUGACAUUUUCCGGAUUGACUGACCUUCAUGUCUUAAAUUAAUGAUGGACUGUCGUUUCUCUUUGCUUAUUUGAGCUGUUCUUGCCGUAGUAUGGACUCUUUUACCAAAUAGGGCUAUCUUCUGUAUACCACCCCUACUUUCUCACAACACAACUGAUUGGCUCAAACCCAUUUAAGAAGGAAAAACAUUCCACAAAUUAACAAGGCACACCUGUUAAUUGAAAUGCAUUCCAGGUGACUACCUCAUGAAGCUGGUUGAGAGAAUGCCAAGUGUGCAAAGCUGUCAUCAAGGCAAAGAGUGGCAAUUUUGAAGAAUCUAAAAUCUAUUUAGAUUUUUUAAACACUUUUUUUGGUUACUACAUGAUUCCAUAUGUGUUAUUUCAUAGUUUUGAUGUCUUCACUAUUAUUCUACAAUGUAGAAAAUAGUAAAAAUAUAGAAAAACCCUGGAAUGAGUAGCUGUGUCCGAACCUUUGACUGGUACUGUAUGUAUCUCACACACACACACACACACACACACACUUUUGUGUGUGGGUGUGUAUGUGGCCACCCCUUCAAAUGAGUGGAUUUGGCUAUUUCAGCCACACCUAUUGCUGACAGGUGUAUAGAAUUGAGCACACGGCCAUGCAAUCUCCAUAGACACACAUUGGCAGUAGAAUGGCCAUACUGAAGAGCUCAGUGACUUUCAACAUGCCACCUUCACAACAAGUUAGUUUGUAAAAUUUCUGCCUUGCUAGAGCUGCCCCGGUCAACUGUAAGUGCUGUUAUUGUGAAGUGGAAACGUCUAGGAGUAGCAACGGUUAGCCGCGAAGUGGUAGUCCACACAAGCUCACAGAACGGGACCACUGAGUGCUGAAGCACGUGGCGUGUAAAAAUUGUCUGUCCUCGGUUGCAACACUCACUACCGAGUUCAGAACUGCCUCUGGAAGCAACGUCAGCACAAUAACUGUUCGUCGGGAGCUUCAUGGAAUGGGUUUCCAUGGCCGAGCAGCCGCACACAAGCCUAAGAUCACCAUGCGCAAUGCCAAGCGUCGGCUGGAGUGGUGUAAAGCUCGCCGCCAUUGGACUCUGGAGCAGUGGAAACGCGUUCUCUGGAGUGUUGAAUCACACUUCACCAUCUGGCAGUCCGACGGACGAAUCUGGGUUUUUGGCGAAUGCCAGGAGAACGCUACCUGCCCCAAUGCAUAGUGCCAACUAUAAAGUUAGGUGGAGGAGGAAUAAUGGUCUGGAGCUGUUUUUCAUGGUUCGGGCAAGGCCCCUUAGUUCCAGUGAAGGGUGGUCUUAACGCUACAGCAUACAAUGUCAUUCCAGACUAUUCUACUACUAAGCUAGUUAGUUUUACAUCAUCCUUUUGAGAUGUAGAGUGCUUGUAUCAUGGGUGUGUGUCGUGUGCAUAGCUAGUGUUAUGAUUGUUUCAGCUUACCCUAUACCAAACCGGUUAAGCGACCGCUGUACGAUGGGAUGAACUGCAUUUUUCACAAGGAUUGGCCUUGGCCUGAGCCGUCCACUACAGAGUCUCGCAUCAUUCCAUAAUAAUAAACUGUUCAUUGUCAGGCUCUUGCAGUUGGAGCUAAUGUGUAUACAGUGAGGGAAAAAAGUAUUUGAUCCCCUGCUGAUUUUGUACGUUUGCCCACUGACAAAGACAUGAUCAGUCUAUAAUUUUAAUGGUAGGUUUAUUUGAACAGUGAGAGACAGAAUAACAACAACAAAAUCCAGAAAUACGCAUGUCAAAAAUGUUAUAAAUUGAUUUGCAUUUUAAUGAGGGAAAUAAGUAUUUGACCCCCUCUCAAUCAGAAAGAUUUCUGGCUCCCAGGUGUCUUUUAUACAGGUAACAAGCAGAGAUUAGGAGCACACUCUUAAAGGGAGUGCUCCUAAUCUCAGUUUGUUACCUGUAUAAAAGACACUUGUCCACAGAAGCAAUCAAUCAAUCAGAUUCCAAACUCUCCACCAUGGCCAAGACGAAAGAGCUCUCCAAGGAUGUCAGGGACAAGAUUGUAGACCUACACAAGGCUGGAAUGGGCUACAAGACCAUCGCCAAGCAGCUUGGUGAGAAGGUGACAACAGUUGGUGCGAUUGUUCGCAAAUGGAAGAAACACAAAAGAACUGUCAAUCUCCCUCGGCCUGGGGCUCCAUGCAAGAUCUCACCUCGUGGAGUUGCAAUGAUCAUGAGAACGGUGAGGAAUCAGCCCAUAACUACACGGGAGGAUCUUGUCAAUGAUCUCAAGGCAGCUGGGACCAUAGUCACCAAGAAAACAAUUGGUAACACACUACGCCGUGAAGGACUGAAAUCCUGCAGCGCCCGCAAGGUCCGCCUGCUCAAGAAAGCACAUAUACAGGCCUGUCUGAAGUUUGCCAAUGAACAUCUGAAUGAUUCAGAGGAGAACUGGGUGAAAGUGUUGUGGUCAGAUGAGACCAAAAUCGAGCUCUUUGCCAUCAACUCAAUUCGCCGUGUUUGGAGGAGGAGGAAUGCUGGCUAUGACCCCAAGAACACCAUCCCCACCUUCAAACAUGGAGGUGGAAACAUUAUGCUUUGGGGGGGGGGGUUUCUGCUAAGGGGACAGGACAACUUCACCGCAUCAAAGGGACGAUGGACGGGGCCAUGUACCGUCAAAUCUUGGGUGAGAACCUCCUUCCCUCAGCCAGGGCAUUGAAAAUGGGUCGUGGAUGGGUAUUCAAGCAUGACAAUGACCCAAAACACACGGCCAAGGCAACAAAGGAGUGGCUCAAGAAGAAGCAAAUUAAGGUCCUGGAGUGGCCUAGCCAGUCGCCAGACCUUAAUCCCAUAGAAAAUAUGUGGAGGGAGCUAAAGGUUCGAGUUGCCAAACAUCAGCCUCGAAACCUUAAUGACUUGGAGAAGAUAUGCAAAGAGGAGUGGGACAAAAUCCCUCCAGAGAUGUGUGCAAACCUGGUGGCCAACUACAAGAAACGUCUGACCUCUGUGAUUGCCAACAAGGGUUUUGCCACCAAGUACUAAGUCAUGUUUUGCAGAGGGGUCAAAUACUUAUUUCCCUCAUUAAAAUGCAAAUCAAUUUCUAAAAUUUUUGACAUGCAUUUUUCUGGAUUUUUGUUGUUGUUAUUCUGUCUCUCACUGUUCAAACAAACCUACCAUUAAAAUUAUAGACUGAUCAUGUCUUUGUCAGUGGGCAAACGUACAAAAUCAGCAGGGGAUCAAAUACUUUUUUCCCUCACUGUAUAUCUGGUCAUAUCUGUACUGUGCCUAUAGUAGCUUAGGCUUACUUCCACGAACAACCAGUGAAACUCUUCUCUGCUUCCUUUGGUUCAUGUGAACCUUCUGGCAUUGUGUUUUCCAAAUUCUUAUUGGCCUCUAGUAGACGGGAGUGAGAAAGGAGAUGGGUGACUAGUGAAAAUGUCUUGCCAAAGGAUCUGGCAUAUUCCAGUAUGCAAAACAAAACAAUGAUCUGAAAACAAGAUUCAAAGAUGUCUGCAGAAAGAAUGGGGUGUCUCUUUUGGUUAUUAAACUACAGUAAGUAAAUUGGAUUUACACCCGGUAACAGAAUUACGGUAACAGAAUUUCAUCAUGGGUCCCUGAUCUGUACUACACAGAAAUGCAUAAUUAUGGAUAUGAAUGUAAUUCUUUUCAUGGUGAUGUAUCCUAAAUAGGUACACAAAGGUAGAAAUAUGCAAUAUCCUCCUUUUGCAUAUUUGGGUAUUAUUCUAAACACUGGCUAUUAUUUUAAUGAGCUCCGCCCCCAAACAAGACAAUUUGGUUGGACCGGACCAAAUCUGAACCAAUUGUAGAGGUCUAUGUUUCAUAAGUUUGGACAUCAAAGUACAGGUACAGUACCGUGUGCAUGGCCAAAGAGCUAUAUUUACAUGCCAUCCAACAAAUGUAAAUGCCUGGAGUUUGUUAAACGGCAUUGGCACUUGGAUUGAAACCGGUGAUCUUGUCAGAUGACAUGAAAAUAGAGCUCUUUGGCCAUGCACACGGUACUGUACUUUGAUGUCCAAACUUAUGAAACAUAGACCUCUACAAUUGGUUCAGAUGUGGUGGCUUUAGUGUCAAUAAGGAUGCAUGAGAAGAAAAUAACCCCAACCUACUGUAAAAUAUAGUGGUGGAUCUUUGAUGUUAUGGGUCUAUUUUUCUUCCACUGGUCCUGGGGCCCUUGUUAAGGUCAAUGGCAUCAUGAACUUGACCUUGUACCAGGACAUUUUAGCCAAAAAUAUGGUUGCCUCAGCCAGGAGACUGAAACUUGGCUGCAAGUGGAUCUUUCAGCAAGACAAUAUCCCCAAGCACACCACAAGGAAAUGGUUAAUUGACCACAAAAUCAACAUUUUGCAAUGGCUAUCUCAGUCUCCGGACUUUGAAACCCAUUGAAAACUUGUGGUUUGAAUUGAAGAAGGCAGUCCAUAAGUGCAUAUCAAGGAUUUGGAAGGAUUUUGUAUGGAGGAAUGGUCUAAGAUCCCUCCCAAUGUGUUCUCCAACUCCGUAAAACAUUUUAGAAAAAGGCUCGGCUCGGUGCCGUUAUCCUCGCAUGAUGAGGUAUUGAAAACGUUUGUAAGUAACUUUUGACACCUACCUUUUUGAGAAAAAAUAUUACUUGUUAAUCUCUUUCUCUGAGCAAUUGUAUUAGUAUAAAAUACAAUUAUUUCCCAAUUUCUUUCGAGCAUACAAUAUAGCUCAGUAUUUGAAUUAUUUAAUUUAUUCAAUCAUUUAUGCUCAUCUUUAUCAAGGGUGUCUCUAAUUUCAGACCCCACUGUAUAUGCCUUAAUAAAUAUAGACUCUUAGCUUUAAUUUGACACCAGAUUUGACAUGCUCCUAUGAACUUCACGUUGGUUCUCAUGGGUCCUUUUACAUGGAAAUGCCCAACAAGAAAGUCAAAUUCUUCCAUGUAAAGAGUCAGUAAAUCUGAAUUAUUGCUGGCUGCUUGUUUAGACAGGAAAUGGCAGUAAUUCAGGAUUAGUUAUUUUUAAGCAUACAAAUUGCACUCUAGUCCACUAUUGCUCAGUUUCUAUUUUGUAUUUUUGGAAUGAGUUGUAAUCCAUUUCAUGAACAGCUCUUUGUGUUGCUAAUAUUAACAGGAAGAAGCUCCAGCUGUUGAAAGUGGACCUUGCUUUUUCCAUGUAUCAUUUACAAAGAGAAGCUACCUUUUUUUAAUCACUUCAUCACUAUAAAUGCAUACACUGUUUUACAGUAAGGCUAAACCGUGAGUCAAUGUGCUUUUGUUCACUUAAUGGCAUUCAUGGACCAUCACUCUCUCGACAGGUACUGUGCUGUUGUCCAAGGACUCCCCCAUGCAGAGAAGAAUGGCUAUGACUGCCGACGAUCAAGGUAAUGUAUACGUAGUGCUAUUUACCACCACCUAUUUUAAACACUUUCUUUAGGAGUUAAGAGGGAAAACUGGCAAUAUCAUACUGCAUCUCUUGGAUUGUGUGUCUCUGAUUUUUUAAAGGCAAAAUGUCAUGAUCCUCAACAUUAAAAACAACAACUUGACUGGUGUGUGUCAGCUACUUACGUGUGAGACCUGAGGCGGUUCUAGAUAAAUCAGUGAACAGUUCCACAUUCCUCAGACUUUCCAUAAUGUGUACAGCGCCGCUUAUCUGUGUUCGUCCAACACACUUCAAUUCAUAGGUCAUGUUAGGGAAGCGCAUAUAUAGUGCCUUCAGAAAGUAUACAUACCCCUUGACUUAUUCCACAUUUUAUUGUGAUACUACCUGAAUUCAAAAUGGAUUAGAAUAAUAUAUAUCUCACCCAUCUACACACAAUAACCCAUAAUGACAAUGUGAAAACAUGUUUUUAGACUUUUCUUUGUUGUUGCUGUGGCUAGCCAAAAAAGGACUCAUUUUGAAAGUUGCCUCAUCUUAUGAGGCUUUGAGUGUUCUUACCCUAUGAUUUUUUGUAAAAGCAACUGGGAAACGUCCAUGGCAGGCAUUGUUGUCACCUUAGCUUGCUACAUAACUUCAAAGUGAUAGGAAGCACCACCACCAAUCAGCCUACACCACUGCACACACACCUGUCAUUAAUAUAACACCUAGCGUAGCCUUGUCAGCAAAUGAUUGCUGUCUGAACAUACGUCCAAAUUAGUCACUUGUAACUUUCUGUUUGGACAGUCAGUAGUACAAAACUGAUUUGAAAAACUAAACUGAUUUGAGCAUUUAAGGCCUGUAGUGUGAACAAGGCUUAAGCGCUUUCCACACCUGGAGUGCACAACAUUUUUCCAUUCAUCUUUUCAAAAUUAUUCAAGCUCUGUCAAAUUGGUUGUUGAACAUUGCUAGACAACCAUUUUCAGGUUUUACCAUAGUUUUUCAAGGAGAUUUAAGUAAAAACUGUAACUGGCCAAUAUUCACUGUCUUCUUGGUAAGCAACUCCAGUGUAGAUUUGGUUUUGUGUUUUAGGUUAUUGUCCUGCUGAAAGGUGAAUUCAUCUCCCAGUGUCUGGUGGAAAGCAGACUGAACCAGGUUUACCUCUAGGAUUUUAGCUCAAUUAUGUUUUCUUUUUUUAUCCUGAAAAACAUCCCAGGCCUUAACGAUUACAAGCAUACCAAUAACAUGGUGCAGCCAACACUAUGCUUGAAAAUAUGCAGUGGUACUCAGCUACAGUGCCUUGCAAAAGUAUUCAUCCCCCUUGGUGUUUCUCCUAUUUUGUUGCAUUAUUUAUUUGGAUUUUAUGUAAUGGACAUUGGUGAAGUGAAAUGAAAAAAAUAAUAAUUUCAAAACAUUCAAAAAAAUAAAUAACGGAAAAGUGGUGUGUGCGCAUAGGUAUUCACCCCCUUUACUAUGAAGCCCCUAAAUAAGAUCUGGUGCAACCAAUUACCUUCAGAAGUCACAUAAUUAGUUAAAUAAAGUCCACCUUUGUGCAAUCUAAGUGUCACAUGAUCUCAGAGUAUAUAGACACCUGUUCUGAAAGGCCCCAGAGUCUGCAACAGCACUAAGCAAGGGGCACCACCAAGCAAGCGGCACCAUGAAGACCAAGGAGCUCGACAAACAGGUCAGGGACAAAGUUGUGGAGAAGUACAGAUCAGGGUUGGGUUAUAAAUAAAUGUCCAAAACUUUGAACAUCCCACGGAGCACCAUUUUUAAAUCCAUUAUUAAAAAAUGAAAAGAAUAUGGCACCACAACAAACCUGCCAAGAGAGGGCCAUCCACCAAAACUCACAGACCAGGCAAGGAGGGCAUUAAUCAGAGGCAACAAAGAAACCAAAGAUAACCCCGAAGGAGCUGCAAAGCUCCACAGCGGAGAUUGGAGUAUCUGUCCAUAGGACCACUUUAAGCCGUACACUCCCCAGAGCUGGGCUUUAUGGAAGAGUGGCCAGAAAAAAGCCAUUGCUUAAAGAAAAAAAUAAGCAAACACGUUUGGUGUUCGCCAAAAGGCAUGUGGGAAACAAGUAUUUGAUACACUGCCGAUUUUGCAGGUUUUCCUACUUACAAAGCAUGUAGAGGUCUGUAAUUUUUAUCAUAGGUACACUUCAACUGUGAGAGACGGAAUCUAAAACGAAAAUCACAUUGUAUGAUUUUUAAGUAAUUAAUUUGCAUUUUAUUGCAUGACAUAAGUAUUUGAUCACCUACCAACCAGUAAGAAUUCCGGUCAUCUCAAGGUCCUGGAGUGGCCUAGCCAGUCUCCAGACCUGAACCCAAUAGAAAAUCUUUGGAGGGAGCUGAAAGUCCGUAUUGCCCAGCGACAGCCCCGAAACCUGAAGGAUCUGGAGGUCUGUAUGGAGGAGUGGGCCAAAAUCGAUGCUGCAGUGUGUGCAAACCUGGUCAAGACCUACAGGAAACGUAUGAUCUCUGUAAUUGCAGACAAAGGUUUCUGUACCAAAUAUUAAGUUCUGCUUUUCUGAUGUAUCAAAUACUUAUGUCAUGCAAUAAAAUGCAAAUGAAUUACUUAAAAAUCAUACAAUGUGAUUUUCUGGAUUUUUGUUUUAGAUUCCGUCUCCCACAGUUGAAGUGUACCUAUGAUAAAAAUUACAGACCUCUACAUGCUUUGUAAGUAGGAAAACCUGCAAAAUCGGCAGUGUAUCAAAUACUUGUUCUCCCCACUGUAGGUCCUGGAAUGCAGGAAGCUUGGCCCCAGUGAUGUACUGGGCCAUACGCACUACCCUCUGUGGUGCCUUAUGGUCAGGCGGUGAUGCAACUGGUCAGGAUGCUCUCGAUGGUGCAGCUGUAUAACUUUUUGAGGAUCUGGGGACCCAUGCCAAAUCUUUUCAGUCUCCUGAGGGGGAUAGGUGUUGUCGUGCCCUCUUCAUGACCGUCUUGGUAUGUUUGGACCAUGAUAGUUUGUUGGUGAUGUGGACACCAAGAAACUUGAAACUCUCUACCUGCUCCACUACAGCCCCGUCGGCAUUUUUCCUGUAGUCCACGAUCAGCUUCUUUGUCUUGAUCACGUUGAGGGAGAGGUUGUUAUCCUGGCGCAACACUGCCAGGUCUCUGACCUCCUCCCUAUAGGCUGUCUCAUCGUUGUCAGUGAUCAAGCCUACCGCUGUUGUGUCGUCAGCAAACUUAAUGAUGGUGUUGAAAUCGUGUUUGGCCUCGCAGUCGUGUGUGAACAGGGAGUACAGGAGGGGACUAAGCACGCACCUCUAAGGGGCCCCAGUGUUGAGGAUCAGCGUGGCAGAUGUGUAGUUGCCUACCCUUACCACCUGGGGGUGGCCCAUCAGGAAGUCCAGGAUCCAGUUGCAUAGGGAGGUAUUUAGUCCCAGGGUCCUUAGCUUAGUGAUGAGCUUUGUGGGCACUACGGUGUCGAAUGCUGAGCUGUAGUCAAUGAACAGCAUUCUCACAUAGGUGUUCCUUUCAAAGCACUUCAUGGCUACCGACGUGAGUGCUACGGGGCGGUAAUCAUUUAGGCAGGUUACCUUCGCUUCCUCGGGCACAGGGAUAGUCUGCUUGAAACAAGUAGGUAUUACAGACUCGAUCAGGGAGAGGUUGAAAAUGUAAAUGAAGACAUUUGCCAGUUGGUCCACUCAUGCUUUGAGUACACGUCCUGGUAAUCCGUCUGGCCCCGCGGCUCUUGCUCACAUCGGCUACCGAGAGUGGGAACACACAGUCGUCCGGAACAGCUGGUGCUCUCAUGCAUACUUCAGUGUUGCUUGCCUCGAAGCGAGCAUAAAAGGCAUUUAGCUCGUCUGGUAGACUCGCGUCACUGGACAGCUCGCGGCUGGGUUUCCCUUUGUAGUCCGUAAUAGUUUGCAAGCCCUGCCACAUCCAACAAGCAUCAGAGCCGGUGUAGUAGGAUUCAAUCUUAGUCCUGUAUUGACGCUUUGCCUGUUUGAUGGUUCAUCUGAGUGUGUAGCGGGAUUUCUUAUAAGCGUCCGGAUUAGUGUCCCGCUCCUUGAAAGCGGUAGCUCUAGCCUUUAGCUCGGUUCGGAUGUUGCCUGUAAUCCAUGGCUUCUGGUUGGGAUAUGUACGUACGGUCACUGUGGGGACGACGUAGUCGAUUGAUGAAGCCGGUGACUGAGGUGGUAUACUCCUCAAUGCCAUUGGAUGAAUCCCGGAACAUAUUCCAGUCUGUGCUAGCAAAACAGUCCUGUAGCGUAGCAUCUGCGUCAUCUGACCACUUCCAUAUUGAGCGAGUCACUGGUACUUCCUGCUUUAGUUUUUGCUUGUAAGCAGGAAUCAGGAGGAUAGAAUUAUGGUCAGAUUUGCCAAAUGGAGGGUGAGGGAGAGCUUUGUAUGCAUCUCUGUGUGGAGUUUUUUUCUGGUUGCACAUGUGACAUGCUGGUAGAAAUGAGGUAAAACUGAUUUAAGUUUGCCUGCAUUAAAGUCUCCGGCCACUAGGAGCGCUGCUUCUGGGUGAGCAUUUUCUUGUUUGCUUAUGGCCUUAUACAGAUCGUUGAGUGCGGUCUUAGUGGCUUCUGUUUACGCAUUAGAAGGGAGUGACAGAAACAACUCAAUUACUGCUUCUAAGGAUAGUCUUUCCACUCAUUAUUUAAGCUUGCUCUUGUGACUGACUGGGUUCGAACCAGGUCUCCUGCAUGUCACACGACUGUGUUAGCCCACUUAGCUAAAGCCUAUAGGGAAAAGUUCAGGAAGUUAAUGUAAAGGACAACACGCUGCUUCCUUAACGAGUACCGCUUCCCCUGAUUCAGCUCAUACCGAGAGUCAAACUCAGGACCUCUGCCUCGCAAACACGUGACUGCCCUCCUGAAGUGUUCUAACCCACCGUGCUAUUAAAGGCCUUCUUCAAAUGUGCAAGGGGAGACACAGAUCCCCAUCUGCUACAUUCACCCCCUAAACUUACUCCACAGUGACCCCAGUGGUUGAACCAGCGCAGCUGUAGAUCUGAGUCCAGUGGCACCACUGUAAAGGACGUCACGCUGCCUGCUUAGCGAGUACUGCUUCCCCCUGAUUCAGCUCAUGGAGACUCAGGACUUCUGCCUCAAACACACGUGUCCGCCCUCCUGAAGCAUUCCAACCCAUCGUGCUAUUAAAAAAGGCCUUUAAUUAUGCAAAGGGCGACACUUCAGGCGAGUGGGUUUCACAGAUCUUCAACUGCUACACUAAUACAAGUCUUCAAGAUCAAGCAAGGUUACUCAUCUAAAGAGAGUGGUUUUGUGAACUAUGCUUAUGUGAUGAGAACCUUGCAUGAGACCUGAAGACGUGUUAGUUAGGGUGGCAGGUAGCCUAGCGGUUAAGAGUGUUGAAUCCAUGAGCCGUCUAGGUGAAAAAUCUGUCUGAGCCCUUGAGCAAGGCACUUUAAUCCUAAUUGCUCCUGUAAAUCGCUCUGGAUAAGAGCGUCUGCUAAAUGACAAAAAUCUAAAUCUAAAAUGUUUAGUUUGACGUGUUAGUUUCAAGGCUCUGGCAAGGAUAGUAAUUUUUAAGGUUAGCGUGUGACUGACUGGGUUAAGACUGUUAGCCUGUUGCGCUAAAGCCUAGGCAUUGGUCCUGUGAUUUGAAUGGGUCUCUUCAAGGAAGAGGUCAAAGGGGGGGUGAAGUGUAACACAGGUGGUUUGGCGACCAUACUCGUGUGAUGAGUAACUUGAGACCUGAAAAGUUGCAUUGUCUGGCACACAGGAGACCUGGGUUAGAACCCCAUCAGUCAAACUCACACGUCUUCAGGUCUCAGGCAAGGUUGCUCAUCACAUGCAUUAAAUUGGGUGCACAGAUCCUUCUGCUUCUGUUUGCCACAGUAAGUGUUGUUGUAGGCCUGAUUCCGAACCCAGUCAGUUCUAUUGGUGCCGUGAUCUCUGAGUAUGAGGUCAAAGGAGGGUGAAAUGUAACUGAGGUGGUUCGAUGAACCACUCUCUUUUGAUGAGUAACUUUGCUGAAGACUUGUUAGCUUCAUGAUCUCAUCCCUAUGGGCUUUAGCUAAGUUGGAUAACACAGUCUUGUGACAUGCAGGAGACCUGGUUCGAACCCAGUCAGUCCCAAGAGCAAGAUUAAUAGGAAAAUAGUGGAAAAGCUAUCCUUAGAAGGGCUACGACAGGGCUAUUCAACUGUAUUCUUAUGGGGGCCUAAUUGUUUUUGUGACACUAACUUCUAUCGCGGCCUGUGAUCCUCAUAGAGGGCACAACAAUAUUCCAGAGAGCCUUUCGGGAACAGGGUCAUAAUAGUUUAUAGCUGAAAUGGUUUGAACUCUAUAUCCAAAUUCAGAGGAAGAAAAGAAGUUCUACAUGCCACAUUGACUUCAGAAACCGCCAGAAGCUUUUGUUAACCACAGUGAGCGUUUAAUUCUAUCUGAAUCUGAAUGCAUCUGAGAAGUUUAAUAUAUGUAAACUUGAUACACAGACAAUGAAUGCAAUAUCUACCAUAUUGAAACAGAAUAUAUAAAUAUAGAAUUUUAGUAUUCUAUUAAAUUGAAAUGUAAUUACAAAAAUUACAGUAUAAUGUCUCAAUGUGUUUCGGUGUUCAUAUGACUGACUUUCUGUUGGACCAAAUUAAAAUAGCGAGUUGAAACCGCUUGUCAGAGAGGAAGUGAUCUCAUCUUUGUUGUGUGAGUGACAGUGGGAGGGGCUGUGUCUGUGUGUGUGUGUGUGUGUGUGUGUGAACAGAGAGGAAGAGGCGAAGCGAGAGGUUUCAAUCUCGCCAAAAUCUGUCCAAAAUAAGACCAAUUUGUUUCUAUGGACACAUUGGAUCAUUGGUUAAUAACAGGGAAGAUUAUUUUCCAAUGCCAAAAGUAGUGAUGUGGGCCUGUUCAAGUACACUGGCUGGGAAGCAUGCAAUUUUUACGGCACAAAGGUCAACAUACUGUACCCAUGGUGACAGUGAAGUGUGGGAUCACUGUAAUUCAAACAUUUUUGACUGACGUUAAAAUGGGUCCCUAGCUGCCAGUCCUGAGGAUCCUGCCAGUUCUAAGGAUCUCCUUCCCAAGAUGACAUCAGAUGACUUUAUCGGCAAGUUGUCUAUUUCUCUCACUCCUCUUUCUGUUUCUUUUUAUUCCUGUUGACUUCCCUUUCCUGUAAAUUCAAUUGAUAACACUCAACUUCCUGUCAUGUGUUUAGUGAAUAAUAUGCUCUCUCUCUCCUUCCUAAUUCUCUCUUAAUCUCUGUCACUUCCUGUUUUAGUGGUGCUGACCUCUGACCCUUUUCUCCUGUCCAAUUAGAGCUGUGUCAGGCCAAUCCAGACACAGGGCCGUGCCGCGCCUCUCAUCGCCACUACUACUACGACAGCUCCACCGGCACCUGCCAGCCCUUCACCUACGGAGGCUGCCUUGGCAACAAGAACAACUAUGAUACCGCCGAGAGGUGCCUCGCCACCUGCACAGGUGCUCUUCAACCUCCUCCCAUUAUUACCUGACACUUCUCACCUCCCACCAACCCCAACAGGCCUCCCCACCCAGCAACCCCUCUCUCUCUUACAUUGACUUCUUUUGCAUCUUUCCAGUGACCGUCAUCCCUGGCUCUAAGGGAAGGAAAGGGUCUGAUGCAGACAAACCUACAGAUGACAAGAGGAUUGAAUAUAAAGGUAACUGGAUAGAGGACAUAUUUCUGCAGUAUGGCUUUUGGCUAGCUCCUUUAGGUUGAGGUUCAGUGUAAACCAUUCCCCCUGCACAGUGUAGUUAGCUGUUCUGGGAUCAGUCUCAAACAUGUCCUUCCUGAUGUGAUAGCCUUUUUCACAAGUUGUGGUCUGCAGGUUUGAUAUCAGUUCUGAUUGUCCCCUGGUCCUCUUUUCCUCCACAGAUGCUUGCAUGGUGCCCUCGGACUCAGGCCCUUGCCGCGCUGCCUUCAGUAUGUACUACUUUGUCCCCAGAACUAGCUCCUGCCAGUUAUUCGUGUACGGUGGCUGCAAAGGAAACCACAACCGCUACAGCACACUGGACGAAUGCAUGGCCCGUUGCACUGGAGAGGACGGUAAGGAUAGACUGCAUUUCAGUGACAAAUAGGAUGAGAUUAUAAAUUGUGUGGUUAUGGGAGUGAUUAAGUUAGCUUCAGGCGUCUCACAGAGUUUGAAAGCCCCCUUGGAAUUUUUCACAUUUUGUUGCGUGACAAAGUGGGAUUGAAAUGGAUUUAGUUAUGAUUUUUUUGUCAUUGAUCUACACAAAAUACUUUAUAAUGUCAAAGUGUAAAGAAAGCCUAAAUUAGUUAAGGAGUCAAAUUUGGCUUAACAAAUCACAUAAAUUACAUGGACUCACUCUGUGUGAAAUAAUAGGGGUUGACAUGAUUUUUUACUCCUUCCUCUGUCCCCCAUACACAAAGACCAGGGAGCUUUUCGAUAGCUUCAUAAAGAAGUGCAGUCAUUGGUAGAUGGGGAACAAUAACAAAUGUAAUAUCUCUUUAAGCAUUGUAAAGUUAAUAAUUAUGCUGUGGAUUAUGUAUUAAACCAGGACAACUUCACUCUUUGGUCUUGGCCAUGGUGGAGAGUUUGCGAAUAAUCGCACCAACUGUUGUCACCUUCUCAACUUUUUUCCCUCACUGUAGCAGGCGUAAAAGAAACAGACCGGACAAGUAGCAAUGGAUUAUGGUCAUUGUAGUUAAUUAUCACUUUUUCUGUGCUAAGCUAUGUAGAACAUUGGCCUGUUGGAAACUACAACUCCAUACUACAUCGCACAGUUCGGGCAUGAUCAUAUUUAUCUUUAGAGAAACUGCAGCGCAAUAGAGCUCGCCAGCUUGUAGUCCUAAAACCCGGAAAUGAGUUACCGAUGGUUUGUUCAGCCAUUCCUAUAGGGAAAUAAUAAUAGGGUUUUGGGAAUAAACUGCCAAAAUAAGGUCUGAGGUUAACACCGGCUUAGGAGAUCUUUAUACGUUUUGUUCUAUGAGAUAAUAUCAGUAGGUUAACGUGACCUUUAUGAAUUAUGAAAAGUUCACAGCGAUAUUAGCUGAUGAAGAUUAUCUCAUAGAACAAAACAUAUAAAAUCUCCUAAGCCUGUGUUUACCACAAACCUUAUUUUUGGCAUUUAUCCAAAGACUACAUUUAUUUCCACAUAGGCUUUGUCCAACGAACCAUGGCGGAGUUGAGGCGUCCGCAUGCUUCCCAGCCGAAACAGUUCAGAAGAGUUUGUGCAUAUAUUAUGACAACAUUUUCCAACGUUUUGGACUUCGGUGAGGGUGUUCGGGCACAUCAUCUUUUUUUCUAGAGGCAAGCCGAAGUUUGGAGACGAAGUCUACGCCCCUUCGUCAGUGAUUUGGUCAACAGUAGGGUUUCAUUCAACGACUCGUUUUCAUGCAAAUCUUUUCAUUCAGAAAUACUGCACCACACAUCUUGGUUAGAUGUAAAAUUGCGCGACUAAGAUCUCCUCUGCAAAAAAAGUAAAAAUGAAUGACAGAUUUGGAGUAAUCUUAGAUUAAUUCUGACUAUUUUGAGGAAGUGUAUACUGGCUCAAAAUGGACAAACAGUACUAUUGGCGCUUUUCAAGCGAAGGUCUUUUUAAGGAAGUAUGCAAGCACACCCGUUUGGCUAGGUGCCAGCCGAACUGAAGCAUGCUGAUUCCUUUAGUGCCUACAAAAAGACGCCAUUACUAUUUCUCUCUGUGUGCAUUGAGCUCACAUAAUUUUUUUUAACUAAAUGGAAUUAAAAUAAUAUCAACAUCGGUCAAUUAGUUGUUUUAAAAAUGAAAAAUAACCGACAUUUCAGUUAAUCGCUCAGCACUAAACCACGAUAAUGACCGACUGAAAAGAAGAAUAAGAAUAUUCCAAAAAAUGCAUUAAAGGAAUAAACUUCUUUUGCCUAAAUACAAAGCCAUAUGUUUGGGGCAAAUCCAACAGAACACGUCACUGAGUAACUGCCGCCUUAUUUUGAAGCAUGGUGGUGGCUUCAUCAUGGUAUGGGUAUGCUUGACAUCGGCAAAGACUGGGGAGCUUUUCAGAAUAAAAUAAAUGGGAUUGAGCUAAGUAAAUGCAAAAUCCUAGAGUUCAGUAUGCUUUACACCAGACACUGGGAGAGGAAUUCACCUUUCCUACUUGGAGACAAUGAAAUGUGAGCGUUCAAUGCCUGCAUCCCAUUACAACACAAUCUAAUACUGAUGUUCUUCAGACUUUCAAUAGUCAAGUUAACAAGAUUUUUUAUUUUUUUAUUUUUUAUUUUUUUGUCAUUUAGCAGACGCUCUUAUCCAGAGCGACUUACAGGAGGCAAUUGGGUAAAUCCUUGCUAAGGCACAUCGACAGAUGUUACCUAGUCGCUCUGGGAUUAGAACCAGCGACCUUUCGGUUACUGGCACAACGCUCUUACCCACUAAGCUACCUGCCGCCCAGGUAUGAGAUUUGGAAGGAUGUUCACGUGAGGCAAGGAUGAUGUGGAUAUAGUGACAUUUUUCUCUUUUCUGAUUCCAUCAUUUUCACAGGCGAGCAUGGGCAACGCAAUGGCCGUAACCGCAUGACACCAGGUAAGCUAACCUUCCUUAAGUUCUAGACUGGCUGAGAGGUUUAAAGGGUUGUGUUCCAGCGGGUGUGAUAUGGCAGCUCUUAACAGUUGUGCACCGGGGCCUCCCAUUCCUCUUUCUAUUCUGGUUAGAGACAGUUUGCGCUGUUCUGUGAAGGCAGUAGUACACAGUGUUGUACGAGAUCUUCAGUUUCUUGGCAAUUUCUCGCAUGGAAUAGACUGACGAGAACAAGAAUAGACUGACGAGUUUCAGAUGAAAGUUCUUUGUUUCUGGCCAUUUUGAGCCUGUAAUUGAACCCACAAUUGCUGAUGCUCCAGAUACUCAACUAGUCUCAAGAAGGCCAGUUUUCUUGCUUCUUUAAUCAGCACAACAGUUUUCAGCUGUGCUAACAUAAUUGCAAAAGGGUUUUCUAAUGAUCAAUUAGCUUUUUAAAAUGAUAAACACAAUGUGCCAUUGGAACACAGGACUGAUGGUUGCUGAUAAUGGGCCUCUGUACGCCUAUGUAGAUAUUCCAUUAAAAACCCAGCUGUUUCCAGCUACAAUAGCCAUUUACAAUAUUAGCAAUGUCUACUCUUUAUUUCUGAUCAAUUUGAUGUUAUUUUAAUGGACAAAAAAACAUGCUUUUUUUUUCGAAAACAAGGACAUUUCUAAGUGACCCCAAACUUUUAAACGGUAGUGUAAUUCAAUUUGUCCAAAUACUUAUAGCACCUUCAAAUAGGAGGACUAGAUACAUAAAGUGAUUUCAUUUCUAAACGGUAAAACUGAUAUUUAUGAAAAUACCCCAGAAUAAAAGUUCUGUACUAUUGCCUCAUAUAAAACAUUUGAUCUCAAAUCCAAAAUGCUGGAGUAUAGAGCCAAAUUAAAAGUUUUAGCUACGCUGUCCAAAUAAAUACGUAGGGGAGUGUACUUUAAUAAAGUAAAUGCAUCCCUCCCUCCCCUCCAGCGUUCUUCCUGGUGGCUACGCUGGCUGUUAUUUCAGCCCUCAUCCUGGUGGGUCUGAUCCUCAUAACCAUCCGGCGCUCCAGACUGCAGUGUGGCCACCGCCUCCUCAGCAACAAGGAGGACCUGCUGCCCUACAAGCAGCUGUUGGAGGAGCAGCUGCCCGAGGAAGAGCUCCCCAAAGUAGGCACCGUACCAUAA